ACACGGGCCGCUGCUGCAGGCUCCGAGAGCAGCGCGGACAUGGAGGAUGAGGAGCGGAGGAGGAAGGUGGAGGCCGGCAAAGCCAAGCUGGCAGAGUACAGACAGAAGAAGGCUCAGAGUGACGGACAGAAGAAGAAGAAGAAGAAAAAGAAUAAAGAAUCAGAGCCGCAGGACGCGGGUGGAGACAGAGGGGACGGCCCGGCUCCAGAACUUCCCUUUUCCAGAACUCUCCGCAGUGGAGAAACUGUUCAACAUGACCAAAUGUACACCAUAGAGCCUGAGAGUGAGAUCUCCACUACGGCAGAAGAUUACUCCUCUGAGGUGAACGGUCACGAUCCGGUCGAGAAUGCUCCGGACGUCGGGGAGGAGGAGCUCUGUCCUCCCAGCAGGUUACAGGAGAUGGAGAGCGAACUCGCUGCCAAAAACAUGGCGGUGGAGGAACUGAGCCGAGAACUAGAGGAAAUCAGAGCUACGUUUGGAGCUGAGGGAGUACAGCAGCUGCAAGACUUUGAGGCAGCGCUAAAACAGAGAGACGGCAUCAUCACACAGCUAACUGCAAACCUGCAGCAGGCUCGAGCUGAGAAGGACGAGGUGAUGCGCGAGUUCCUGGACCUCACGGAAAAAAGCCAGAAACUACAGAUUCAAUUUCAACAGUUGCAGGCAGGCGAGUCAAUAAGGAGCUCCAGUAUCAGCAGUGCUGCUGCAGAUCUCCUGCAAGCCCGACAUCAAGUCCUGCUCUAUCAGCAACAGCUGGAUGAGAAAGAUGCAGCAGUCAAAAAUCUCCAAAUGCAGCUAGAGAAGAGGGAUGGAGAAAUUAAAGGUCUUCAGGAGCAGGUGGAGAACCAAGAUAAAAAUGUCAGUACUCUCCAUUUGCAGCUAGAUGAUCAGGAUUCAAAGUUCAAAGUUCUCCAGGAGCAGACGGUGGGGACAGAACAAAAGGUCAAACAUCUACAGGAGCAGCUACAGGAAAGUGAGACUAGGGUCAGUGGCCUUCAGGAGCAGAUGUUGGAGAUGACGAAGAUCCAGGAAAGGAUGUCUGAACUUGAGACGGUCUCCAGAGAUACAGAAGAAUCUUUCAUCCAAAGGCUUAACGAGAAGGACUCGCGCAUUCAGGAACAGGAAAGGCUAAUACUAGAGCAUCAACAGUCAUUAUCCCACCUCCGAAACAGUCUCCAAGAAUCCGAGAAGCGUUUUCUUAACAUCACUAAACAGCUGGAGGCGAAGGUCCAUGACCUAGAGGGAUGUGAAGCUGAGCUCCAGGCUUCCAAGGAGAGGGAACGACUUUCAUCAAGUGAAAUCUUGCAACUGAUGGGCACUGUGGAGGUCCUUCAGAAACGCUACCAUCAGGGCAGCCAGUCAGAAGGCGAGGCUCUCCAGAGGGCAGAGCUUGAUGCCACACGAAGGCUGGACCACCUUAGGGCAGAACUGGACGAGAUGUAUGGCCAGCAGAUUGUUCAGAUGAAACAUGAGCUUCUUUCUCGGCACAAAGAAGAGAUGUCAAAUAUCCUCAAUCAGCAUUCCACAGAACUGAGAAAUGUCUCGGACCAACAUCGUGUUGAAACGGAGAGAUUAACAUCUCAGUUGACUCAAAGCACAGGAGAGGUAAAUACCCUGAACGUCAGGAUGAUUGAGCUCCAGCAACGGCUGCAGGAGAUGCAAGUUCUGCGAGAAAAGGCCGAACAUGAUCUCAAACAAACGUCUGAGGAAAAGGUACUGCUGCAAAACCAGGUGCAGAAGCUCACGGAGGAUCUGCGGUUGAAGAAUCAGGAGAAGAGCCAGUCAGAGAUACAGCUCCAGCUUCAUGCUAUAAUAACUGACCUUCAGGCUCAGUUAGCAUCUGUUCAGGAAGCUUCAAGAGAGCUGGAGGCCAAGCAUGAAUCUGAGAUUACCAACUACAGGAUCAAGCUAGAGAUGCUGGAGAGAGAGAAGGAUGCAGUGCUUGAUCGCAUGGCUGAGUCUCAGGAAGCUGAACUUGAACGUCUCCGCACACAGCUGCUUUUUAGCCAUGAGGAAGAACUUUCUAGGCUUCGGGAGGACCUUCACCAUGAGAGUCAGAUGAACGUGGAGAACCUACGAGAUGAGCUCAACCAGCGACAUGAGGUACAUGUUCAACAACUCCGCAAAGGAUUUGAGGAACAGUUAAAGGUAGUUGAGAAUGAGAAGUUGAUUUUGGCAGAAGAAAGAACCUCAAUGUUGCAGGAGAUUGUAACACUGAAAAAUGAUCUGAGCCAAGCGCUGGAGAAAUCUCGAGUAGAGGAGUUGGUCUCACAGCUGAAGGUCCUGCAGGUGGAGAUUCAUGAGCUAAGGCAGAGACAGAGUGAAAAGGGUGAACCUGAUGUAGCACUGAGCAAAAAUGAACUGACGAUGGGCUCUGAGCAGAAUUGGGAGAGAAUGGAAUCUGAAAAUAAACUUCUAAAAGAAACAAAUGCAUCUCUGGCCAAAGAACUGAGCUCUCUUCAGAAGGAUCACAAGAUGCUGUUGAAGAAAAUGGAUACUCAGGUUUUAGAGAACAGGCAAGCGAAUGUGAUGGCUGAAGAACUAAGAGCUGAAAUUGAAAGGCAAAAAAGCACAUUUUCAUUUGCAGAAAAGAACUUUGAGGUGAACUUCCAGGAGCUGAGAGCGGAGCUAGAGGAACAACUUCGGGAGCAGACGCUGCAGUAUGAGGCAAAACUUCGGAAUCUGAAGCCUGAAAUGGAGCAUGGCUCCUUCCCGAAUAUUAAGGCAGAGGAUGAAGAACCAGAAGGAGGAGCGUUGGUGGAAAAAGACACAACGGAAUUGAUGGAAAAGCUCCAGAGUGUAGAGCUGGAGAGGGCGGGGCUAGUGAAACAGGUGGAGCAGAAAGAGACGGAGAUAAAGACGAUGAUACUGGAGAGUGCCAAGCUGCUGGACCAGAUUAAAAGCGUGGAGGUGAAGUUUAGGAGAGUAGAGCAGGAAAACACAGUGUUAUUGAAACAAGUGGAGCAAAAGGAGGCAAAGGUCAAGAUGGUGGAGCUAGAGAGGGCAGGACUUGUUAAGCAGUUGGAGCAGAAAGGGGUGGAGCUGAAGAGGCUCGAACUGGAGAGAGCAGAUUUGGAAGAACAGACUAAAUCAAAAGAUCUGGAGUUAAAGAGGGCGGAGCUUGACAAGUUAGGGAUGGAGGAGCAGGUUCAUCAGAAAGAGGCAGUGCUACAGCAAGAGAAGGUGGAGCUUGAAACGAUAAAGCUGGAAAAGGCGGAGCUGGUAAAACAGGUCGAACAGAAGGAGGCGGAGCUUGAAAAUAUAAAGAUGAAGCUGAUGGAACAGAAAGAGGUGCUGCUUCAGCAAAAAGAGGUGGAGUUUGAAAAGAUAAAGCUGGAGAAGGCGGAUCUGGAGCACCAGGUGGAACAGAAAGAGGCGGUGCUGCAGCAAAAUGAGGCGGAGCUUAAAACAAUGAUGCAGGAUAAGGCAGCGCUAGUGGCCCAGGUGGAACAGAAAGAGGUGGCACUACAGGAAAAGGAGGUGGAGCUUAAAAAGAUAAAGGUAGAGCUAAUGAGACAGAAAGCGGUGCUGCUAAAGCAAAAGGAGGCGGAGCUUAAAACAAAGCUGGGAAAGACCGAGCCGAUGCAACAAAAAAAGGCGGAGCUUGAAAAGACGGAUCUGGUGGAGCAGAAAGAGGUGGUGCUACAAGAAAAGGAGGUGGAGCUUGAAAAGAUGAAGGUGAAGUUGUUGAAAAAGGUGGAACAGAAAGAGGCAGCGCUACAGCAAAAGGAGGCGGAGAUUGAAAGCUUGAAGCUGGAGAAUGCAGAGUUGGUGAAACAGGUGGAACAGACAGAGGUGGUGCUACAUCGAAAGGAGGUGGAGCUACAGAAGACAGAAAACGAGCCACGGGUGCAGCUGCCAGAACCAAAAGAGGCGACGCUACAGCAAAAGCAGGCGAAGCUACAGAGCGUGAAGUUGGGAAAGGUGGAGCUGACGGACCCCUUUCAAGUAAAGAAGGCGGGUCUUAAGGCAGGUCGGAAGGCCAGACAGAAGGUUAGCAGGUUCAGAAGUUUAGAGACGAAGCCCGAUCGUAAGAAACAGAACCGACCACAGAGUCAGUGUUCUGAGGUGGAGCGUGAGGAUGAGGAGGCGGGAAAGACUGGGAAGCACUUAGCUCCGCCUCCUUCUCAGGCUGCGGAGGAGGAGGAGAGCGCGAGAGAGGCAGAUGCCUGUGUUGUGCAUCGCAGUGAUGGCGUGAAGCAGAAAACACACGCUCGUGCUCAGCCCGCUGCUGCUGCAGCGACGCGCUCUCACACACUCACACGCGCUCAAACACACACUCAGCCUGCUGCUGCUGCAGCGACGCACGCAGACGGAGAGAACAAGCCGGCGAGCGACUCGCAGAAACAGGUGGAGAGCCAAUAUGGAGAGUUAUGCUUGGUUCCCGCAGUGACACAGACAGACAUGGAGGGCUUAGAACAUGAGGAGUGUAGGCUGCAGAUGGAGGCUCAGCGUAUCAGCCUCUCUCAGAUUCAUGCUGCGCAGUUAGAGCUGCUUAGAGAGAGCUUACCUGAGUGGGAGGAGUUUGGGAGACAAGGCGGAGCUAAAGCCUGCAGCCCAUCACUGAUCUCCAUCACCCAGGACUGCACACACCUACUCCAGUUGAUAUCUGAUGUGUGUGGAGUUGAUGUGGUGGAUGUGACCGACCAACAACUGCAGAAUCUCCAACCUUCUACCAUCAGAGAGAUCAUCACUACAACUCGAGAGGUGUACCAGAAGCUGCAGCAGUUGGAUACGGGUGUUUCUUCUUCACACACUGGUUUUACCUUGAGUGAGAAUAGAAAUGAGGCGGUGUGUGAUGAUCCCUCACUGAGAACAGAAGAUGACGUCCACACCUCCACGCUCAAUGAUCUACAAGAGGAGCUCCAGGAGGGGGAGGUGGAGCAGAAGCUGGAGCUCCAGGAGGAGGAGGUGGAGCAGAAGCUGGAGCUCCAGGAGGAGGAGGUGGAGCAGAAGCUGGAGCUCCAGGAGGAGGUGGUGGAGCAGAAGCUGGAGCUCCAGGAGGAGGAGGUGGAGCAGAAGCUGGAGCUCCAGGAGGAGGAGGUGGAGCAGAAGCUGGAGCUCCAGGAGGAGGAGGUGGAGCAGAAGCUGGAGCUCCAGGAGGAGGAGGUGGAGCAGAAGCUGGAGCUCCAGGAGGAGGAGGUGGAGCAGAAGCUGGAGCUCCAGGAGGAGCAGCACAGGGAGGAGAUCCAGCAUCUGAGGAGUUACUAUAGUGAGCAGAUCAGAGAGACAGAGGAGCGCUACACCAGCGAGAUCCUCCUCCUGCAGGACCAGCUUCAGGACAUGACUCGAGAAGACACCAGGACAAGCAUGUCGAGUAUUUCUGCACAGGAGCAGCAGCUUCAAAAGCGACAGAGUGAGAUGGAGGAGGAGAUUGCGAGGGUGAUCGUUCAGAUGUCGGUGGAGUUCGCCAGGCAGAGCGAGCUGAAGCGCAUUAGCCUGAGACAGCAGGAGGAGGACAUGCAGGGGGCGGAGCCUGAGCGAGUGAUUGAGGAGGAGGAGGAGACGGAGAGAGAAGGAGUGGAGCGAUGGCGUCCCAGCAUGCAGUGCAGCAGCACACAGACAGAAACGCAGAGGAGACGUGGUGAGGGGGACGAGGACAAGCAGCAUGGCGAGAGGGACGAGGAAGUGGCUGUGACAUCACCGGUGACAUCAUCAUCAUCAUCAUCAUCAUCAGACUCACAGGACAGAGUGCACCAGGUGUUAACGGACAUGUUGAAGAUGACCGCCGUGAUGGAGGACAGGCUGAGCGCCCAACCCCUCCCACUCUCAGCAGCGGACGUGUCUGAGGUGGAGAGCUCCAGCUUGUUGUCGGGGGCGACGGACACUGACGAGGGGCUGGACAUGUUUCAGGAGGCGGGGCCUGGUGUAGAGGGGGCGGGGUCUGUAUGGAGUGUGAGCUGCAAGCUGCAGAAGGCCGUGGAGAAGCUGCUCAUCACCCUGAGUCAGACACACACGCAGUUGGAGCACGCCCAGGUCACCCAGACGGAGCUGAUGAAGGAGAAGUUCAGUUACGAUCAGCAGAUCUCAGACCUUCUGCUCAGACAGGAGGAGCUGCAGCAGAGACUGGAGGAGGAGAGACGAGCUCGGGAGAAGCUCACACUGCAGCUCCAGCACGCUGAAGGUUUGAUUGACGGGUACUCAGGUGAGAGGCGGGCCCUGGAGGAGCAGGUUCGUGAGGGGGCGUCGUUGCAGCAACAGCUGGAGGCGGAGCUUCAGAUGACGAACCACCGACUCCAGGAACUACAGCAGGAAAGACAGGAAGUCUCUGACCAGCAGGAUCUGUUACUACAGCAACACGACGUCACAGUGGGCGGAGCCACAGAGGCAGAGCUGAGCCUAGUUGAGGCUGCAGUAGAUGAUGCACCUGAGGCAGGACUUCUGGAGGAGACAGAAAAGCUCAUGCAGGAGAAGGUUGAUGUUCAACGCCAGGCCCAGAAGGAUCACGCAGAGUUUCUGGAGCAGGUGAAGCAGUUGGAGACGGAGCUUGAUGAGCAGGUGAGAGCCAUGACCAAGCUGGAGGAGACUCACCUGUCUGAGAGUGCUGAUCUCCGGCAGCAGAUCCACGCUCUUGAGAAACAGCUGGAGAACAACCGUCGCUUCCUGGAUGAGCAGGCUGCGGACAGAGAGCACGAGCGAGAUGUGUUUCAGCAGGAGAUCCAGAAACUGGAGCAGCAGCUGAAGAGCAGCAGUAAGCCUCAGGCUGACCACAGCGAGGUGGAGGAGCUGAGCACGGCCCUGCAGGAGAAAGCGGAUUGGUGCAGUGAGCUUUUGUUGCGAGUGGAGCAGCUGCAGAGGGAUGUGCAGGAGCGUGACGAGGAGAUCGAGAGGCAGGAGGAGCGUGUGAGGGUUCUGGAGGAAGUGCUCGUCUCCCACGACAUCACGCCAUCCAGGGAGAACAGUAAGCAGUAUGCCUCCAUGGCAGGCGGGGCUGAUGUCACCCUGGAGGCUUUACUCCAGACUGAGAGAGAGGCACUGGACAGGAAGGAAAAAGAGAUUGUGAAUCUGGAGGAGCAGCUGGAGCAGUUCAGGGAUGAGCUCCAGAACAAGAGCGAGGAGGUUCAGCAGCUCCACAUGCAGCUGGAGAUCCAGAGGAAGGAGAUUAGCACACAGCAGCAGGAUCUGCAGGCUCACACCAGCUUACACACGGUCUUGGAGGAGAAGAACAAGCAAAUUACUCUUCUUAAUGAACAGAUUGCUAAACUUCAGCUUUCCGAAACUACGAAGACUAACGACAAGGAGGUGGAGGUAAAGAACGAACUGGUGCGUGAGCUUAAGUCUCAGGUCGAGUACCUUCGCGCUGAACAGGAUCAUCUUAAACGAGACAGCGAGGAAGAAGUGGAGCAGCUGAACUCAGUAAUCGAAAAACUCCAGCAAGAACUUUCCAAAAUUGAGCACAAACAGUCUUCUGAGCUGGAGGAGGAGGACGAACAAGACCAGCAUGAUGAACGGAAACAGAAGAUGGACCAAAUUCAGAGAGAACUGGACACCCUUAAGGAGGACCACUCCUCACUUAUCAGGAAAUACGAAUCCCUGCAAGAGGAAAGAGAAACAAAAGCAGAAAAGAAGAGGAAGAACGAGAUGUUAGUUCUUGAACUUGAAGACAUGUUGAGGGAGAAGACUGCAGCAUUAGUGGUGGCACAAGUUCAGAUCCAGGCUUUAGAGGAAAGUGCUACCUCCACAGUGGACAGUUUAACUCGGCGAGUAAAGGAGCUUGAGAACUGCCUUACAGAGAGAGAGGUGGAGCUGAGAGAUUGUAAAUCAGAGGUGGAUAAAGCACAAUCUGAAGCAGGAACCCUUCAUCUCAAGAUCUUCCAGCUGGAGGAGAGACUCGAGGAGAAGAACACCACUUUGAGUCAGUUGGUCAACCAAGAGCAUCUUGAAACAAAGACUGAAACCAAAGAGUUUGAAGAAAAUAAGACUUGUUUAGAUAACAUGAAAAAAGGGUUGGAAUUAAAGGUGACCCAUGAAAAGCAUUUGGUUGAACCUCUUACUGGGGAAAAGGUGGGAUUAAAGCAGCAGGGUGGAAUAGUAGAGGAUCAGGAGAAGGUUGCAAAAGAGUUGGAAUCAAAGGUAGCUGGAGAACAAAUGAAAUUGAAAGUAGAUGAAGCUACUGCUGGGUUAAUGGAAUCUUGUUCAGAGAUGGAGGUUAAGAACUUAAUUCUCCUGAUGGAGAAGCUGAACAAACUGGAAAUGGAUCUGAGUUCCAUGCCAAAGGAUCAAGAAUUGCAAAAACUACUGCUUGCCAGUUCAGAGGACGAAGUUGAUGAGUACGAGAAAAUAUUAGCUAAGCUCAUGGAGCUGCUCAACCAAAUAAAGACAACACCUACGUCACCUGCAGAGACCUCAACUGAACGCACUACUGAGACGGAGAAGCUUAUUCAGGAGCUGCAGGAGCUCAAACAUCAUUUAGAAGCUGCUAGGGAAGAGCUGCACAUCUGUAGAAUCCAGAAUCAGGGUUUGCAGGAACAGAUACAGUGUAAGGAGGACCUGAUUGAGAAGCUGCAGGAGGAUGUACACAGGAUCUCACAGAGCAAUAGUGAACAAACUUCCACAGUGAUGUCAGCACUUCAUCAGGAGCUGCAUGAGGUUAAAGGUCAAGCAGAAGCUGCUAAAGAGGAACUGAACGUCUGUAAAGAACUCAGCCAAAGACUUCAGGCACAGCUUCAGAUGUCUGGUGAAGUAGAGAGUUCUGAGCUGCUUCAGGAACUUCAGGGGGUCAAACAAGAAGCAGCAGCAACUAAGGAAGAGCUGAACAGCUACAUAGAGCAGAGCCUUAAACUUCAGGAGCAGAUACAGGCUCGAGAUACAUCUAUAGCCCAGCUCAUGGAGGAAAUCCAGCAGCUCCGUACAGCUUUAUUCAAAUCAGGAGAAGAGAAAGACUUGUCUUCCUCCAAGAAGAAACCUGGACGAGAACAUCACGGGAAGGUCAAAGGUGGCAAUGCAGCCAAAGACAAGGACAAACAGACUGUCUCCAGGAAGAACUCCAGCACGCCACCUUUAGCUCCUUCAGCUAACGGGGCUCCGAACGUGUCCUCUGUGGAUGUGGGGAUACAGGUGGAGGGGCCGGAGCUGGGGGCGGAGCUGGGGGCGGAGCUGGAGGAAGUGAUCAGCGAGUACACGGAGCGGAUCGGACAGAUUCGAGAGCUGCACGCAGCCGAGAUCAUGGACAUGGAGAACAGACACAUUGCAGAGAGUGAGAGUCUGAAGAAGGAGAACCAGAGACUGGAGCAGGAGUGUGACGCACUCAGAGGAAGCAUUAACAAGCUCCGCCCCUUACAGGUUGUGAGACCGGAUCACUCUGCGUCCUCCCCGUUUAGAGACGGGUACACUAGCGACAGCAGCUCAGACGUGGGAUUGGAAUUCAGGAGCACGCCUGAAGGGGCGCGGCCAGACGACACACACCUGCCCGGCAGGAUUAAAGCUCUCCUCAGGGAGGUCCACCAGGAGGGCAUGCAGGUUCUCUCCCUGUCGGAGCUGAGUGUGUGUGACGACUCUGCAGACUGCAGCAGCCUGUUAGCGCAGAUCACACACCUUCAGACUCAGCUCGCUCAGCUGCAGCAGAGCACACACACCACCCAGCAACUGCCCCACACACCGGGUACGACAGAGACAGACGAGUGUGAGAGGCUCAGGGCGGAGCUGGCGCAGGUCAGACUGGAGCUGAACACUGCACAGAGAACCCAGCACACACACCUGAGGGAGCUCGGCACACUCAGGGCCGAGGUGUGUGUGAAGGCGUCCGAGCUGGACUCUGCGAGUGACCGUCUGGCGGAGGAGCAGCGACGGGCGAGAGAGCUGCAGUGGGAGGUGGAGAGAGAGAGGGGCAGGGCUGACAGAAGGGCGGAGGGAGAGAGGGAGGAGCUGGAGGAUGUGAGACUCGCUCUGGAGGAGGAGAGACAGGUUUCAGCACAGAGAGAAGCAGAACUCUCCAAAUAUAUCAGCCUGUCCACACAGCUGCAGGUCCAGUUAGAAUCUCAGAACUGUCGGUUGAAUGAGCUGAGCUCCGAUCUUCAGAAGGAGAAAGAGCUCAAUGCUGAACUGCUUAAACACACUGAACGCCCUCUACAGAUGGAGGACGGCAUUCCCUCUGUCACAGACCACAUGAUCCAGUCUCUUCAGAGCCAGCUGAAGGAGAAGCAGGCGACCCUGUUGCAGCUGAGGACGCAGGCGGAGCAGAGGACGCUGCAGGACCUGGAGCAGAGGCAGCAGUGGCAGAAUGACAGGACAUGCCUGCAGAGACGGGUAGACGAGCUCCAGAGCCUGUUGGAGGGAGAGAGGGAGCGCGUGAGGGAUGUAGACAGAGAAAAAGAAAGACUGGAGCGCAGAGUUGCUGAGCUGAUAGAGAACAACGAGCGGACGGGUGAUCGGGUGUCUGUGUGGAAUUUGGACAACUCUGUGGUCAUGGACUCUAUCGGUACACCCUUACUGAGCACAGCCAGAGCAACAGAUAUCAGGGACAUGGAGAGUGUUAUCACAAGGCUGCAGCAGAUCACCAGCAAAAUCAGCAGGGCUGCAGUGGAGGGAGCUGACAGAGAUAGUUUUACCUGGUUACAGAGGAACCUUCAGGACGUUCUGUCAUUCCUGCAGAAAGGUUCCUCAGAACUCCCUGCUGGACCAGAGAGCGCCAUCCUGCUGACUGGAGGGUUGUCCAGCUUGUUAACAGAGCGACUGCUACGUCAGAACGCAGAGCUAACAGGUUUUGUCAGUCGUCUAACAGAGGAAAAGAACGAGCUGAGGAAUCAGAUUCUAAGUCUGGAGGAGGAGCUCAGGAGACUACGGCACCUUAAGGACCACAGCGUCAGUUCCCUCAGGCCCAGCUCAGAGGUCCCAGGAGGUGUGUUGGAGGUACAGAGGGAGGCCUGGUUGAGAGAGAAGAGAAGGAUGGAGAAGUCCCUGUGUCAGGCGGAGGCGGAGCUUUCACGUCUUCGGGCAGAGGUGCGCUCUGACGCGGUGCGAGACCUCAGCACGUCCGACAAUGACAACGCUGCGCUGAAGAGGAUUUACGGGAAGUACCUGCGCUCCGAGAGUUUCCGCAAAGCUCUGAUCUACCAAAAGAAAUACCUGCUGCUGCUGCUGGGGGGCUUUCAGGAGUGUGAGGAGGCGACACUUUCACUGAUCGCAAGCAUGACCGGCCCACACGGCUACACACACACUGCUAUCGCUGAGAGCGUCAGUCACCGGCGCCGUGGAUACACACGCUUUAGAUCCGCCGCCCGCGUCUGCAUCGCCCUUUCCAGGAUGCGUUUUCUGGUACGGAGAUGGCAGAAGGUGACCGGAGGUUCAAUCACCAUUCACAGGAACGGUGUUGGUCAGAGCCCAGUGAUGGAAGUUAGAAACGAUUCCCCAUACCUGCAGCCGUAUGGAGAGAGAAGAGGAACACAAAGAGGAAGAACAGGACGGGAGUCACCACACGCUACACACACUGCACAGCACAGGUGUGGAGGGAUGAGUACAGACGGAGGAGUGAUGUGCUCCCAUCUACAGAACUACGACCCAGAUCGGGCGCUGUCUGAUUACAUCACUAGACUGGAGGCUCUGCAGCGUAGACUUGGGAGUGUACAGUCAGGAUCAUCCUCGUACACUCAGUUGCACUUUGGAAUGAGAAGAUAGAGAUCUUCAGUGAACCUGAACAAAUCAGCACACACACACACACACACACACACACUCAGUUGCCUUCUUUCACACUGAGCUGCUGUGGUUUUGUACAUAUAAUGUGAAUUUAUUAUUUGAGGGACCAAUCAUACACUCACACACACACACACACACACACACACACACAGUGUCUGUACAUUAGGAGUGUUUGUUCUGUUUGCGGUUUACAGUAAUCCUGUUCUUUGUGUACGUGUGCGGGAAUGCUAAUUUAAUUUAAUUUAUAGAACGGAUGUGGCGUACAGGGUGUUUGGGUUUCUUGCUCGCUGCUGCUGGAUUUGUGAUAACACUGACACAUUGGGUGUGUGUGCGUGUGUGUGUGUGUGUGUGUGAGAGAGAGAGAGAAGGAACAGACAGAUGCUGUUCAUUGCUGAAGGUCACCUGAUAAAGGUUUCUCAUUUGAUAAAAGUGAUACGACUGGAAGGGGUCUGUCUGUCUGUCUGUCUGUCUGUCUGUGUGUGUCUGUGUGUGUCUGUGUGUGUCUGUGUGUGUCUGUGUGUGUGAGAGCUGCAAGGUGUCGUCAGUGUUAUCACACACACUAACACUGUUUUAUUAGCUGGUUCUCCUGAAGUGAACACAGAGGACACUUUGUAGAAGACAUAUUUUUGUAAAGGCAGGAGCUUUGACUUUUAUGGGUAUUUUGUCAAAACUGAAAUAAAGAUUAAUAUAAUAUUUCAAC